UUAUCAUCAACCUUUCUCUAUCAGAAAGAAUGGCAGGUGAACCGGUUAAUGUGAAGGAGUUUCAAGAGCUUGCUAGGCAAGUCCUUACAAAGAUGAACUAUGACUUCUAUGCUGGGGGAGCUGAGGAUGAGCACACACUAAAAGAUAAUGAAAACGCUUUUCAAAGAAUCAUUAUUCGCCCAAGAGUUCUUAUUGAUGUGAGCAGAAUUGAUAUGUCAACCACAAUUUUGGGGUACAACACAUCCGCUCCCAUCAUGGUUGGCCCAACCGCCAUGCAUAAACUCGCACAUCCUGAUGGGGAAGUUGCAACAGCGAGAGCAGCAGCUGCAAGUAACGUCAUAAUGGGAUUGUCAUUCUCGGCAUCCAGAACGAUAGAGGAAGUCGCUGCUAGCGUCAAUGCUGUUCGCUUCUUUCAGAUCUAUGUUUUCAAAAGGAGGGACAUUACAGAAUUAAUGGUGAGAAGAGCUGACAGGAAUGGGUUCAAGGCAAUCAUUCUUACAGUUGAUACUCCUAGACUGGGAAGAAGGGAAGCAGACAUAAAAAACAGAUUUAUUUCACCUCCAUUGAAGAAUUUUGAAGGGCUUAUCUCCACCACAGUUGUCCCUGACAGUGGUUCGGGUCUUGAAGCCUAUGCAUCAUCGACUCUUGACAGUUCCCUCAGUUGGAAGGAUAUAGCUUGGUUAAAGUCGAUUACAAAUUUACCUAUUCUGCUCAAGGGGAUACUCACUCAUGAGGAUGCAAUAAAAGCAUUGGAAGUAGGAGUUGCAGGUAUUAUUGUGUCUAACCAUGGAGCUCGCCAGCUUGAUUAUACUCCAGCCACUAUAUCUGUUCUUGAAGAGGUAGUUCUUGCUGUCAAGGGAAAAGUUCCUGUCCUCUUUGAUGGAGGAGUGAGGCGAGGAACAGACAUAUUUAAGGCCUUAGCCCUUGGUGCACAAGCAGUUCUGAUUGGGCGACCAGUAAUCUUCGGGUUGGCAGCGAAGGGAGAAAAUGGGGUAAGACAAGUAAUAGAGAUGCUAAAGAAUGAACUUGAGCUGACUAUGGCCCUUUCUGGGUGCUGCACUAUUAAGGACAUAACCAGAAGCCAUGUGAGGACUGAGAAUGAGAGCCUUGCUUGCAGGCUCUAGUUUUCUUCCCCAAAAAUGCAUACAUUUCUUAUGGCUAUGUUUACAAAGACAGCUACUAAUAAAGCCAGACAGUUGUAAACUUGCAAUGAAGUGAUCCCAAGUUCCCUUCAUCUACAUGAGAAAAAUGAGGAAUUUGCAUUCAUCAACUCAAGGUUUAGAACCUUAUACAGUUAACAUGCUUAUAUGUAUCCAUUUACUAAGCAAAUUGCAUAAUGGCCAAGUAUAAAGCGAUUACUUUGUUUUCCAUUCCAAGAAACCAAACGAGAGGGGUGUUGAUUGGAAGAAGGUAGAGGCUCAGAUCUGAGUUGUAGGGGCAAAAGAGAAGCCAGAGCCGCCAUGGCUGCGAAGAACCGGCAAUCCGGGUCGCCCCGCCAAGGUACAGGUGGAUCGUCUCAAUUCCUGAAAGAGUAAAGCCCAGAAAGUGCAGUGGGAGAAGAAAUCAUCACAGCCUCAAGAAAGAAACACACAAAUUAUAUGAGAAUAGCUAGCUAGCUUUGAAUGUGAAGAUACUUAGUAGACAGCAGUAGUAUCUUUGUUUUAUGAAAAGGGCUGUUAGGUUUUCCGAUUGUGGAAUGAAAAUCAUGGGCACAACAGAGAGGGGUAACCGCCCUUUCAAGAAAAAUCCCUACUCUCUGUGUUGCCUCAUUUGUUUCUCCAUUUCUGGGCUAGGGACGGAGGGAGCUCAAUAGUCAACUCUAGCUUUAACACGGUUGAAACCAUUCCCUCCCAAUUCUGAUCCAUGUUUCUCUAAGAGUUAAUUCCGGUCCCUUGUCUUUGGUGGUAAUUUCAAAUUUAGUCUCAAAUUAUCAUUUUUGUCA